AUGACAACACUGGCGAACAAAACUGUCGUCGUCGUAGGAGGCUCCUCCGGAAUCGGAUUCGCCGUUGCGCUUGGAGCACUCCAAUCGCAAGCGAGCGUCGUGAUCAUUGCUUCGAGCGCGCAAUCGCGCGUCGACGACGCCCUCGCGAGGCUUAGAUCGUAUAACCUGCCUGGGGAGGUCCGUGGCGAGGUUUUAGACGCCAAAGACUCGAACGCGGUCAAAGAAUUCGCUAUCUCACUCGGGACUGUUGACCAUAUCGUCUGGACCAGUGCUGAUGUCCCCAAAGCUGAGCAGGGGACUGGCACAUUUCCUUUUUCAAACGCGGACACUGUCGAGCAGGGGCAAGGAAGCUUCACUGUCAAAUUCUGGGGGCCAUUUAUUCUCUCAAAGCAUGCAAAGUUCCAUCCAGGUGGAUCGUUAACGCUCACAUCUGGGCUGGCUGGUUUCAAGCCGUUCCCUGGAGGCUCGCUUGGGAGUGGCGUUUCGACUGCUCUCGAGGGAUUGACCAGAGGUCUGGCUGUGGACCUCGCACCUGUUCGAGUGAAUCUCAUCUCCCCAGGCUUGCUCGUUGAAAAGAUCUUCGGACAACAUAAAGAUCAGGCAGUGUCUACUUUGAGCGAGAAAACUGUCUUAAAACGAGGUGGCUCUCCGAGCGAGUGCGCCGAGGCAUAUCUCUUCGUUAUGAAGUGUGGGUAUAUUACCGGCCAAAACAUUUGCGUAGAAGGAGGUUAUUUACUCACAUAG